ACCAUGUCCGUGAGGGUACGGUUCCUGUCCUCGGGGGACACAGGAGCUGUGGGGGUCGUGGGCCGGAGCGCCUCCUUCGCAGGGUUCAGCAGUGCCCAGAGCCGGAGGGUCUCAAAAUCCACCAACAGGAACUCCGUACGAUUACGGAUGCAAACCAAACCUUCCAGAAUGUACAGCACUCUGAGAAAGGGCUCUGUCUGCCUGGACCCCAAGCCUCAGCAAGUGAAGAAGAUCUUUGAAGUAUUGAAGAAGGGUCUCAAGGAGCACCUGUGUGUCCAGCAGGCGGAAUUGGAUUACCUGUCAGGACGCCACAAGGACACCCGCAGGAACUCCAGGCUGGCUUUCUACUAUGACCUGGAUAAGCAAACACGAUCUGUGGAGAGGCACAUUCGGAAGAUGGAGUUUCAUAUUAGCAAGGUGGACGAGCUCUACGAGAACUACUGCAUUCAGUGCCGUCUGCGAGACGGAGCCUCCAACAUGCAGCAGGCCUUCUCCAGGUGCCCGAUGAGCCGCGCCUCCCGGGAGAGCCUUCAGGAGCUGGGCCGCAGCCUGCACGAAUGCACCGAGGACAUGUGGCUCAUCGAGGGGGCCCUGGAGGUUCACCUGGGAGAGUUUCACGUCAGGAUGAAAGGCUUGGUGGGCUACGCGAGGCUCUGUCCCGGAGACCAGUAUGAGGUCCUUCUGCGCCUGGGCCGCCAGCGCUGGAAGCUGAAGGGCCGGAUCGAGUCAGAUGACAGCCAGACCUGGGAUGAGGAGGAGAAGGCCUUUGUCCCCACGCUGCACGAGAACUUUGAGAUCAAGGUGACAGAGCUAAGGGGACUAAGCUCACUGGCUGUGGGUACAGUGACCUGUGACAUGGCCGACUUCUUCACCACCCGGCCGCAGGUCAUCAUGGUGGACAUCACGGAGCUGGGCACCAUCAAGCUACAGUUAGAAGUGCUGUGGAACCCCUUUGAUGCUGACAGUGUCCUGGUGUCACCUAGCCCCACAAGCAAGUUGUCUGUGGGUAGCAGGAAGGGCUCUUUGUACAACUGGACGCCCCCGAACACACCCAGCUUCAGGGAGAGGUACUACCUGUCUGUCUUGCCACAGCCACCACAGCAAGCUUUGUUAUUGGGCGGGCCCAGGGCCCCCUCCAUUGUCAGCUACCUCUCCGAUAGUGACCUUCAGGCUCCUGGCCUGUACAGCCGGAGCCAGGAACUGCCUGAGAUGGAGUCCUUCAGCUCUGAGGACCCCCGAGACACAGAGACCAGCACGUCAGCCUCCACCUCAGAUGUGGGGUUCCUGCCCUUGGCCCUUGGCCCCAAUACGUCCAUUGAAGAGGAGGCCCUUGAAGAGCCCCCUUCCAUGGGUUUCCUGCCAGAGACAGCCCAGCUGGUGGGAGGCUUGUUCGUGGAGCAGCCUGGCUGGAGGGACCUGGGUGUGGAGAGCCCCAACCUGCCUCAUAGCUCCCCACUGCACAGCCGCGUGAUCCGGGCUUGCCGGGAAAGCCAGGAUGCAGGAGAGGCCGAGGAGGGAGUGGACAGGCCUGGCAUGGCCCUUGAGCAGCCGCUACAGGAGGUCCUGGAGUUGCUGAGGUCCACAGCCCCCAGCCAGCCCCAACUCCGGGAGCUGGAGUACCAGAUCCUUGGCUUCAGGGACCGGCUGAAGCCCUGCGGUGCCCACCGGGAGCAGGUCUCUGCUGAGAGCUUGAUGGAGUGUCUCCUGGAGAGUUUCGCCUUCCUCCAUGCUGAUUUUGGCUCUGAUGAGCUGUCCCUGUUUGGGGGCUCCCAGGGCCCCUGGAAGGACAGGACCUCACCCUCGCCACCAUCACUGAAAGUGUCCAGAGAGCUCGCGGCAGGCGCCCCAGAACUGGACGUGCUGCUCACGGUCCACCUCCGAGUCUGCAGAGCCUUGCUGCAGAAACUGGCCUCCCCUAACUUGUCAAGGAUAAUCCAGGAGUGCCUCCUGGAAGAAGCAGUGCAGCAAAAGCAGGUUCUGGAGACACUAUCUGUGCUCGACUUUGAGAAGGUCAGCAAGGCAGCAUCCAUUGACGAGAUCAUUCCACAGGCCUCCCGGAGGAAAGGCUGUCUGAAGCUGUGGAGAGGAUGCACGGGCCCUGGUGGGGUCCUGUCCUGCCCCGCAACAGUAUUGCUGAGCCAGCUGAAGAAAACAUUCCUGCACAGGAUACGAGGGAAGUACCCGGGACAGCUGGAAAUAGUGUGCCGAAGGCUGCUGGAGCAGGUGAUCAGCUGCGGAGGGUUGCUCCCCAACACGGGGCUCCUAGAGGAGCAGACAGUCACCUGGUUCCAGUUUCACAGCUACCUGCAGAGGCAGAACAUCUGUGACCUGGAGAAGCACUUCAUUCAGCUCACUAAGGAAGUGUCGUUGGUGGAGGAGCUGCAAUGCUCCGGACGGGCCAGGACGGUCAAGAAGUUGCAGGGAAAGCGGCUGAGCCAGCUGCAGCCCCUACCCCAGACCUUAAGCGCCUGGGCCUUGCUCCAGCUGGAUGGGCCUCCACGUGUGUGCAAGGCGGCCAGCACACGCCUGGCCAACGCAGCCAGGAACAGAAACUUUCGGAAGAAGGCCUUGCUCUUCUACACCAACGCCCUGACAGAGUCCAACCCCAAACUCCAGCAAGCUGCUUGUAUGGCGCUCAAACAUCUCAGGGGCAUCGAGAGCAUCGACCAGAUCGCUGACCUGUGCCAGUCGGACCUGGAGGUGGUGCGGGCGGCCGCUCGGGAGGCCACACUGUCGUUCGGUGAAAAAGGACGCUUAGCUUUUGAGAAGAUGGACAAAAUUAGGUUCCAGCAAAGAGACGCCUUUUGCCAGGAGGCAGAUGUUGAAAUCACAGUGUUUUAA